AUGGAGCGAUCCACACGGGAGCUGUGUCUCAACUUCACUGUUGUCCUAAUUACAGUUAUCCUUAUAUGGCUCCUGGUGAGAUCCUAUCAAUACUGAGAAGCCAUGCCAUGCUCCUGGGAUUGACUGUGAGGCUCCAAAGCUACCUGCUGGAUGCCCUGAGACCCCCUUGCUGUCCUGGGAUGCCUUUCUCUGUAC